AGACAGGCGCUAUCUCGUUCGAGUCGGAGACGCUUUAUCGACCGCCUCUCGUUCAAACGUUGACAGAACGUCCCACAUCUUGGAGACGAUAGUCAAAGACCGGCCGGGUGGACCUGGCAGUCGCAUUGCUGACUGGCCACGCUGAAGCACAAUGCGUGAAUCGAAGACCAUGCGCUGGUAUGCGAUUCUUGUCGGGGCUUGUUUUGCCUUCCACGCCACUGCCGCAGCCAGCUCCGACAUCGAAGAAGGGCUGAACAGCUGCUGCGAGGAAGGCAGCCAGUGGGGCACGUCCCGUUCGGGCUGCGAUGGCCUCCCGCUGCCCCAGCUGCCGGCAACGCAGUCGUGCCGCAUCGCCCAGGAGAUCUGCUGCCGAUCGGCGCUGCGCCAGAGCCUGUGCGACGCUGGCAAGGCGGCCGCGCGUGGAGGCCGGCCUUGCCACGACGAGCAGAGCGAGUGCGUCGGCGACACUUACCGGGACUGCUGCGACGGCUGUCGCCUGGGCCUCGCCGCCGUAAAGGAAGGUGCUCCGUGCCGACCGCAGACUUUCUCGCUCGGCCUGCCCUGGGACGACGCCUUCUAUCAGUGCUGCUCGGGAAGAGACGACUUGCCCGACGACACGAGCUCCACGGGCCGCGACAACGACGUGUCUGCAGGUCCUGGCGACAGAGGGAACUACGUACCGACAUGCCCGAGUGGCCACGAACUCCACAACGACGGGCGAAGUUGUGUCCCCGUCACGACAAACAAUGGUGGCGCUCAUGAGCAGCCGUGCGACCGGAAUAAUCCGUGCAAACAAAUUUGCCACGUCGUGAACACCUUACCAGUUUGCAAAUGUAAUGAAGGUUUCCGCUUGGAGGAUGACCUCGUCAGCUGCACAGACAUUGACGAAUGCUCUGACGGAAUGGCCGACUGUGACGAAAGCCGGGAACGGUGCAUGAACAUACCGGGAAGCUUCAAGUGCAUACCCAAGGGAGAUACUGUUGCUCUGCCGAACGUCGGCGGAGACGUGCCUCAGUGCGACGCUGGAUUCAAGUACAACACUGCCAUAAAGGACUGCAUAGACGUGGACGAAUGCUCGGAGGGACUCGACGACUGCGAAGGGGACACACAGAGCUGCCUCAAUACUCAUGGCGGAUACCAAUGUCUUUCUAAAGAGAGCAAGGAGUGCCCCGGUGGAUACGUGUGGAAGGACGACGCAUGCGUCGACGUAGACGAAUGCGCCGAAGGAUUGAGCGCGUGCGAGGCCCAACACGAGGAAGAGUGCAAGAACACAGUCGGCGGCUACGUGUGCGACCCGAUCUGUGCCCAAGGCCUUCGCUACAACACCCUCUACGGCAAGUGCCUCGACAUCGACGAGUGCUUGCAAGGCAGCCACACGUGUGGCUCGGCGGCGCUCUGCGUGAACAUGGAGGGCGGCUUCCAGUGCAAGCCGCGUGGCGCCAGCCACGCCGAUGGUCGGCGGGUCGUCCAGUGCCCGCGAGGAUUUCGCUACAGCCGGCACACGCGUCAGUGUCAAGACGUGGACGAGUGCCGGGAAAACACGCACAAUUGCAGAUUCUCCACGCAGAGUUGCGUCAACACCAAUGGCGGCUUCAUCUGCCGAGACAGGAAUCCCUGUCCUGCAGGAUACCGCAUGAACAGGAAUACCCGCUCUUGCAUUGACAUCGACGAGUGCGCCGAAGGCCGAUACGUGUGUCCCGAAAGGGAGACCCAAUGCGUGAAUACGCCGGGCAGCUACCGCUGCGUCAAGAAGUCCCGCUAUCACUCCUGCCAAGAAGGCUUCCGCUACAAUCCUCAGGUCAAAGGAUGCCAAGACGUCAACGAGUGCACCGAAGGGCUGAGUAACUGCGCCGAAGGUGAGGCCUGCGUCAAUGGUGUCGGCUCCUUCAGCUGCGUGCCGGUCUCAAACAGCGGCUGCUCAACCGGGUACCGGAGAAAUGCCGACACUGGACGUUGCGAAGACAUCAACGAGUGCGAGGAGUACGCGCAUAGCUGCACGGGCCAUCUGCAGUGCGUCAACACAAGGGGCAGCUACUUGUGCGAGAGGCGUCCCGAUGCGUCGCCAGCCGGCCCGAGCUCCACCGCGAUCAAGGGAAGGCCUGAUGACGACCCCACGUGCGGUGCCGGUUACCGCAACGAUCAGCUCACACGAGCCUGCAGAGACAUCGACGAGUGCCAGGAGGACAAGCCCUGCGGCAGCAACGAGGUGUGCCGCAACACUUACGGUGGCUUCGAAUGUACCUGUAACCACGGGUACAAGCGCGACCCGGCCUCAGGAACCUGCAAAGAUGUGAACGAGUGCCAGUACGGCGGCCACAACUGUCAGAUCGGCUUCCGGUGCGACAACACACCGGGAUCAUUCACCUGCGUCCGCAUUUCAGGCUGCGGCACCGGCUAUACAGUCAACGCUGCCACAGGACAGUGCGAAGACGAUGACGAGUGUGCACAGGGGAUCCACAACUGCGGUCAGAACUUCGAGUGCCAGAACACGGAGGGUUCGUUUCGCUGCGUGAGGAGCACGUGCCCUGCCGGAAGCCGCCGAUUGGACGACGGCAGCUGCCAGGCCACCGACUGUCCGCCGGGACACACGAGCGACAGCUUCGGAAACUGCGCAGACGUCAACGAAUGCGCGCACAACCGCAGCCUGUGUGGCCGCUACCAUCGGUGCAUCAACACGGUGGGCUCCUACCUAUGCGAAAGCCUGCUCAGCUGCACACCAGGAUACGAGCCAAAUCUGCAAGGAAACCAGUGCCUCGACAUCGACGAGUGUGCCACCAACACUCAUGAUUGCCGGAUGAACCAGACGUGCAGCAACAUGCCCGGCAGCUACGUGUGUGAGUGCCCCAUCGGGUUCCGAAUGAACUCCUUCCGGGAUUGUGAAGACAUUGACGAGUGCACGCGAUUUGCGGGCCGAGUCUGCUCCGUCAACUCCGAGUGCAUCAACACGCCGGGUUCCUACACGUGCCACUGCAAACCAGGAUUCAAGAGGGGCUACGAUGAACGCACUUGCAUUGAUGUCAACGAAUGCGAAGAGGAAACGCACGCGUGCCACCAUUCAUGUAUCAACACGUGGGGCUCGUACCAGUGCAUCUGCAAGAAAGGAUUCCGCCUCGCCGAGGACCAGAAGACGUGCGUGGACGUGGACGAGUGCGAAAUGUGGAAAGGUCGGGGCAGCCUCUGUAUCGGCACAUGCAUCAAUGAGCCAGGAUCCUACUCGUGCACGUGUCCUGAAGGCUAUGUGCUCAACAAUGACAAGAGGACUUGCCAAGACAUCGACGAAUGCGAGCGUGGCGAUAUCUGUCGGGGUGAGAACGAGGUGUGCCUGAACACCCGCGGCGGCUACCGAUGCAACAAGCUGGACUGUCCACCCGGAUACUUGAGGGACGCCGACCAUAAAACGCGAUGCAAGCGGGAGAAGCGUGACUGCGCCCCGGAUGACCAGGAGUGCCGGAAGGAGCCUUUGUCGCUGUCCUUUAACUACUUCACCUUGCCGCACAACAUGAAGAUACCGCCUUCGGGUCACCAGGACUUUUUCACUAUGCGUGGACCACGCUUCAGUUUCUCCACCGUCCAGUUUGAGCUCGAGCUGGUUGAGGCACGCGCUUCCUCCAGGGCCCACGGCGUCGAGGUGGCAACCAGGGAGCACUUCUUUUUGCGGAAUACCGGCUUCAACGAGGCCAUGGUGUCCAUCGUGCGGCCGUUGCAGGGACCACAGGACAUUCAGCUGGAACUGCGAACCAGCAUCUACCACAACGGCCUGUACAGUGGCAGUGCGCUCGCAAGAAUCUUCAUCUACGUGACUGAGCACGAAUUCUAGGGCUGAACUCUUUUCUCUAAAUGACGUCUGGCGAAAUGCGUCGUUCUGCACCAUGCUUUUUUGUCACGCCACUAUCCGACUAUUACGCAUUGCGCGCAGAUAUAUUGAUGUACUUAGAUUAAGCCAUCGUCAACUACUAAAGCAGCCGCAUUUGUUCAUUCCCGUUCAUCUUCAGCAAUUAAGCAGAGUAUUUGUUCACAAAAUACUGAACAGUGCCAACUAAUGACAACGAAAGGAAAUUUCACCGACGAUUACGAUACUCCCUAAUGCGAAAUUUGAGCGCAGCUCUAUAUGUGUUUUCAUUUUGCGAUAUAUUGGCUGGUGCGGACAAUCUGUCUCGUGCGGCACGUUGCAAAUAGAGUGAAGUGCGGCGCGACUGCCUCGCUAUCGCGAGAGGCAGCGCGUGGGUGACACGUGGGCGCGAUUCACAGCAGCCGCCACCGACAGACAUCGCAGACGGCCCGCGCUACUCAAGCGCCCUCUCGUAGUCAUUCUCCCCGCACUAGGCUUUUCUUCUGACGCUUUCGUUAUACCCUCCUCCGGUUUCCGCCUCAUGGUGUCGCUGCACCAUCCUCUCCGCUUUCCUCAUCGCGUCUUUCACCUGCCGCUGCUCUCUGCGUUCGCCUUCGUCUUUCGCUGCGCUCGUCCGCUCGGUUACGCUGAGCUACGGCGCCGAGAGACGCCGAUGUUCGCCGGAGGAAGGGGCGCCUAGGAGCUCCGCUCUAAAACUGCACCGACUAGCGUAUUCAGCAAAACAAGUCUCGCAACUUAUUUGUAAAUGACUUAGUUGCGAAUCAACACAUGCUGAGCAUUCUUUCACUGAACACUGUGGCUUACAUAGUUCACUGUUCAGUGAAGCUGUACCAACUGUUCCAUUUAGCGAUUUUACCGAAUGCAGUCUCCUUUGUUGUUGUGGCUCUGAACCCCACCCGCUCUGCUGUCCGCUAAGGAAUAUUCCGCAUAGGCCGCGCCAGCUGAGCGUUCUUCGCGAAACUGCCCAUAAACAGCCGGACUGUGUUCACUUGUCAUAGCUAGGGACAAGUAAACUAUACUAUUAGUUUUACUCUACCUCUACGUUUGUGCAUUGUUUGAACAUAUUUCUUAUAUUUCUUUGUAUUUUGCAACCCUUGCUUGGUCUAUGGAUUGCAGUAUGUUUUAAAUAAAUAAAUGAAUAAAAUGAA